AUGCUAGCUCCACGAUCAUGCAUGAAGCUUUUCAGCUACCUGACAGGCUGGCUUACGGUCAUUGGGUGGCAGGCCACCUUUGCGACUUCGUGUUAUCUCGUCGGUACUUUGAUCCAGGGCUUGAUCGUCCUGACAAACAGCAGCUACCAGUCAAAGGAUUGGCAUGGAACUCUUCUAUUCUGGGCCGUUGUCGCAUUCUCCGUCGUCAUCAACAGUGUGGGAGGAAAGGUGCUCCCUCGGUUUGAGGGAAUGAUCUUGGUGCUGCACAUUCUGGGCUUCUUUGCGAUUUUGAUUCCCUUGACAUAUAUGGCCGACCACGGACAUGCCAAAGAGGUGUUUACAGAGUUCCUCAACUUGGGUGAAUUCCCUUCUCAAGGACUGUCCUUCUUUGUCGGUACGGUCGGCUGCAUUUUCGCAUUUGCUGGUGGCGAUGCAGCGGUUCACAUGUCCGAAGAGAUCACAAAUGCCUCGACUGCAGUUCCGACUUCCAUUAUGCUCAGUGUGCUGAUCAACGGAUCAAUGGGUUUUGGCAUGUUGCUCGCCAUGCUCUUUUGCAGCGGCGAUCUUGAGAAGGCACUGGCAUCUCCGACCGGGUACCCCUUCAUGUCGAUUUUCUACCAGGCAACAGGCUCAACUGCAGGAACAACCGUCAUGGCCUCCAUCGUUACGACUAUGGGUGCAACAACCUCGGUCGGCAUGUUGGCAUCAACUUCCCGUCAGUUCUGGUCCUUUGCCAGAGACAGAGGUAUUCCUGGCUGGCGAGUGUGGAGCAAGGUCACCACAACCAACGCGGUCCCCCUCUACUCAGUACUUGUGACCUCGGUCAUCGCCUGCCUCCUUGCGCUUAUCAACAUCGGCUCACCUGUUGCUUUCAAUGACCUCUGCUCCAUGUCUAUUUCCGGCCUCUAUCUUUCAUACAUGGUUGUUGGGGGCCUCCUUCUCUGGCGCCGCUGCACGGGCGGAAUCAGCUCCACUCGAAGCAGUGAUUCCGCCGUUGUCAACACGGCCGGCGCUAGACUGGUCUGGGGACCUUUCCACCUGCCCGGUAUUUGGGGAAUCAUCAUCAAUGCCUGGGCUUUGAUUUACAUGACCAUUGCUGUCUUCUUUACAUUCUGGCCUACAUCUUGGGUGGUGGAUGUUCAAACGAUGAACUUCAGUGUGGUCGGGACUGUUGGCACAAUUAUCCUUAGUCUCGUUUACUACAUGUUCCGCGCGAACAAGGUCUACGAGGGUCCAAUUAUGGAGCGUGCUUGA